UUUAUAGCAAUUAAAAGUUGAUAUGAACUUUGGAGAUAAUUUUUGAAGGCCAAAACAAAUUUUACAUACUUUUGCACUCUUCCAUAUUAAAAACAAUAAAUCCUCUCCUGAUAAUAAGUCAUAAAGAUGCUCCUGAUGAUUAAUUUAUAUUUUUUAAGAACUUCCUAAACGGUCUCGAUUGCAAGGACGAAAAGACUACAAAUACGCAAGUGCAGGAUAAUCAUUGUUGGACGCUUGGAUUUCAGGCACUUUUUAUGUAUCUGUGAAGCAGGAAAUCACACAAGCUUUGUAUAGUGGCUUUCACUGCUCAUGUAGAUGAAUGAGCAAACAAAUGUAUUGCAAACUCUGUUCUAAAAAUACAAAAGUAUAAAUGAGUAAAAUUCAGAUCCUUUUGUCAGGUUUUCCAGAUAUGCCUUUAUCUAGAUAUGCCUAGAUCUCUACUGAAAUUCGGAAAGUCUGGAGUUUUACUAACUACAGUUUAUUAUUUCAUUGAUUUUCAUUCAUUGAUUUAUUUCAAUAUACAAGACUCUUAGCUUAGAAAAACGACCUAAUGCGCACUUGUGUUGAAAAACUACUACAGAGAAUGAAAUGCUGCUUUACACCAAACACUAGUAACACUUCAGCAAAAUUUUACUGAAAUUUUUUAAACUAAAGGUUCAGUAAUCCUUUCAGUAAAAAUAAUGUUUACUGAAUCAUUCAGUAAUGUCCGGUGCUCACCAAAAUGACAGCUCGUUUACUGAAAUCCCAGUUAUGCUUGGAGAUUGCCAGUUCCUCAAUUCAUGUUCAUACAUGUUUUGUGGUCUUUUAUACAGUUUUUAUACUGUAUUUUGCCGCCGCAAGUGUAUAUGGUUCAGUAAACGCUCACAGUCACCACGCAAUUUCAGUGAGCACAGUGGAUUGUAGCAAACAUUUUACACACCAGCACGGCUGCCAAUUAUUUGAAAUCAAUCUCGUAAGUCGAAAUCUCACCUGAAAUUUCACCAGGGUGUCUGUAAGCACCUACCAAAUCAACUUUUUGCACAUCACGAGCAAGUGGGUACCGCAUUGUUUUGUUUUGAUGUCCUGACUGACAGGUCGAUCUGACAAAAUCAAUUGCUGCAUAUUCAGUAAUUUGUUUUACAGAUAUUCAGUAAAACGACUACUUUGACACUUAUUUUAAUGAUUUUCAGUACAAUGCGUAUUACUGAAAUGCAUUAAGCAAAUUGUUUUGCUGAAAGUUCGUAAAAAUAUGACAUUCAUGCUGAAAACCAGUAAAAUAUUCUAUUACUGAACCGUUUCACUAAAAAAAUUUACUGAAGCCAGAUGAGAAAAUUUGCUGUGUAGUAUUUGAAUAUAGUUUUGAUUUUUGCACUACCGGAAUCAACGAUGAUGCACAUCUUAAUAAUAUGCAAAAUAUGUUAGCUUGAUUACACGAAGACUAUAGAUCCUUUUUGGGCCGGUCUGGUGGUACAUCCGUUAACUCGUACGACGUAACUACAUGCCCGCCACGGGUUCAUGUCCCAAAUAGACUGUGCCCCCAAACGUAGGACUGACUAUCUUGCUACGGUAACAAAAAGUCAUUGAAAGCCAAGCCCACUUCACUAGUGGCAGGCCUUGAUCAACAACGGUUGUUAUGCCAAUGAAGAAAAAGAUAGAUGCUAUUAAAAUAAUUAACUAACUGCCAUAAAAAACGACAGAAGAAAAUUAAUCCCUCACGAAAUCAGGAUGACAUAUUUGGUAUUCGCAACAAGAUAUUAAAAAAAAUGCAAUAUAAUUUUCUGGACUUUUAAGGAAACCAGGGGCCCCAAUUCUAUCCCCCGGUUAGGGCCCCGAGAUGGAUUAAUCCGCCUCUGGUCACAAUUCAUUGAUUCAUUAUUUUAGGUUCCUUUAAACGAAACGAAUACGAGUUACGCAUGCCAUGUUGUGUUAGUCUAUCCUACUGUGUAUUGUAAAACUACCCAAGCGCCACAGAUUAAGCUUAAACGACUGGAAAAUUGAAUGUCCAUACAAAAAAAAUGCAAGCUUCAGAGCUUCCAUGUUUAUUUCACUAGAUGGCGUAUUUGCUCAAUCCAAGCGAAAAAAUGUUCAUAUAAAAAAAAUGAAAUUCUAUAGCUUCAUUAGUUGAUGCACUAGAUGGCGUUAUUUCACUUUUUCCAUGACAACAUUUUCAUAUUAAAAAAAUUCAAGUUUCAGAGCUUUAGUUGUUUGAUCACUAGAUGGCGUCUUUUUUUCGCUUACGUAAAGCUCAAAGAUCGUGAUCAUUUAUGAUAAGCUGCGUAUGCAUAUAUAUACAAGUGACAUACACGUAUGGACAUUUAUUAGUGGAUGUAUUCUUGAUAAAAUCAGACUUGUGUUUCUUUUUGUGAGGUGAAUUCAUCAUUUGUUUAUUAUCAUAUUGAACAUUAUUAACAUUUUUUUUUAAAUAUAAUACAAUGGAGUUUACUAAACGGAUUAGAAAAAGUGGUAUGCUAUACAGGCAUAGGGAUAAAUUACAAAAAACAAAUGGAAACUUGGCGAAUGUUGUGGUUAGUUCAUCGACAUCAUCUAAUGACUGCCUUGGCGAAUUUGUACCCGAAAAUACACAUUCGGAAGAUGCUGCAGCGCUUUCAGAUGGUGGGGGAUUCCUCAAUGAAAGUCACGAUUGCUCUAGCGUUUGCUUCAGUGACGAGUGCGAUAUUAUCAAUGCUGCUGAUACUGAAGAUUGUAAUGAAGAAAAUAGUAGUUCAAUAUUUCAACAGAUGGCAUUCGUUGAAUGUGUUAAAUAUUGGGCUUUAGCUACAAAUCAGACACACCAUUCUGUAGAAAUGAUGCUUGAAAUUCUUAGGGAAAAGACUGCGCAAAAAUUUCCCAAGGACCCAAGGACGCUCUUGAAAACACCAAGAACAGCAACAAAUAUUACAAAUAUUGAAGGAGGACAAUAUUGGUACAACGGUUUGCAGAAGUGUAUCAUCAAUAAUUUCAGUUUCAGGGACGACGAAAUUGAUGUGGAAACUAUUUCUAUUAAUAUUUCUAUCGAUGGCUUACCCUUACAUAAGAGUUCGUCCACGCAAUUUUGGCCAAUACUCGCAAAUAUACAUGAACUUCCUGACUUUCCUGUCAUGACUGUAGCGAUUUUCUGUGGCCCCAAAAAGCCAGGAAAUCUGGAUGAAUUUUUAGGACCCUUAAUCACUGAACUAAAUUCAUUAAUGGCCAAUGGAGUUUUUGUAAAGACCAGAAAGAUAGGAGUAAAAAUACGAGCAAUAAUAGCAGACUCACCAGCCAGAGCAUUUAUAAAAGGUGUUGCUUAUUUCAACGCGAAGAAUGGGUGUUUGAAGUGUAAAUGUGUUGGAGAAUUUAACCACGAUUCGAAUACAGUUGUGUUUAGAGGCAUUAACGCUCCUCUCCGAACUGACAAGGAAUUUAGAGAAGCAUCCCAGACCGCACAUCAUAAAAUCUUGACACCUCUACUGCUACUGGAUAAUUUCGACAUGAUACAGAAUGUUAUUAUCGCAGACGUACUGCAUUUGAUAUACUUGGGUAUUAUGCGAAGAUUACUGUUUGGGUGGAGAGAUGGUACCUUAGGUAAAUACACAAAGUGGGCUUCCAGUACGAUUGAACAAAUUUCUAAGUGGACGUAG